GAUGCCGUGAAUGGUGGACCAUAUGUGAGACAUGUAUUGUUAGCUGUGUUGAAUGGGGAAGUGCCAGCAUGUCCCAGUAGCCUGUGGUCAGUUUGCAGCAAUUAAAAAUCCAAUACUGUAGCCUAUUGAGUGCAGUGCUGUUCAAGUGUCAAUAGGAAUAAUAGACUUAAUAUUGACCUUGAAUUUUUUCAUAUAUUAGUGCAAAAACUCGGCAAAAUAAAUUUAUUAUACUCAGCUGCUGCGUGGACCUUUCAAUACAGUACCACGUUAUUUCAUAUUCCAUUUUUUAUAUUUUAUAUUCAUGUCUUUUUUUUCUUUUUUUUUUAAGGGAGCUAUUUGCAGUGUCUGACUACAGCACCGGCCUACAGCAAGGCGAUGACACGAGAAUAACCUUUAAUAGAAUACUUUUAUACCGUUGCUGAUAUAGGCUGGGGGAUGUGAAGAGGAUAUUUAGCUGCAAAUGGAUUAAAAUACAGAGUGAAGGUUGAUCUAAGGAAUUUAAGCCCUGACCCCUUUUUCGUCAGGAACGAGCGCCGUUACGUCGGAAGAGUAGCUCGAGCCGGUAUCGCAGCGAGUUUAUUAGCCAGAAAAACCCCACUGUUAUUCCGCUCGAAAUAGAUAAUAAUAACGCGAGAGUUUGCAAGUUGCCUCAAGACUCUAGUUGCAACUGUCAAAGGUGGAGUGGAUACGCGCAUGACCCAACACACAUUACUGUAAUACUGUACACGGCCGCCGAGAUAAUAUCCGUAUAAAAAAAAGCCCGAAAUAAUCCCGAGGUAAGGAGCCGAGGAGUGAACCAACCCCGACCGAGGUCUGCCGUUUCUGCUCAUUUUCCUUCGCUUCGUUUUCUUUUACUCUAACCAACAGUCUCGUCGCCGUCGAAAAUACUGCACUAAACAUAUUUUUGUGCCUCCCUUUAGCUCCAGCCAGCGCAAGGAUUUUUUUUUUUUUACUCCUCCUUCGUAAUAAAGUCGCCAUUUUGCUUCACUGCCUAUAUAAACCAUCCCGUAUUCUAAUAUUUUUCCUCAAGGAGUCGAGGACCUGCCUACCUUUCGUGGCUAUUUUUUAAACAUUUCUGGAGUGUUUAAGGAGAAGACGGAGGUUGGAGAAGUGCCUCGUGGUUUACAUGUUAAUGCAGGAAAGGAGGGGGGGCACGGCUAUUGGAAACUGGAAAUAAGGUGAAACUAUCCUGGAUUUCUCUUCGUGCACACACGGAAUUGGGAUUUCUCCUCUCGUGCCCUGCUUUAUUCGCCGUCCAUCUGGUCGUCGUCUGCAGGGAGAGGGGGGACAGCACGACGGUGACGACUGUCCGCUUCCUUCCAGGCCCCCCAACCUCAGCGUGACCGGUCCUUGACGCACGGCAGGUGUGAUUGCCAUGUAACAUAACAUUGGUGGAAAAACGCCCACUUUUGGUGCCCGUCUCCUGACCCCCCUCCUCCUCCUCCUCUUCCUCCAUCACCCCCCCCUCCUCCCCCCUCACGUGGGUGACCCGGGGCCACCCGGCCCCAGGUGCUGGGUGACUGCCCGACAGUUCAGGCAUGGAGAGCCCAAGUGGCCCCAGGCUUGGGAAGCUGUCGUCUUCAGGGCUGCCAAGGGGCCGAGCCCCCAAGCAUGGACAUCCCCAGGAGCUGGUUAGAGCCACGCCAGGCCACGAAAACAACAACAAACACAGUCCGGUUUGUGAUGAGCCAGCAGAGGGAAAGAGGAAAGGUCGUCCUAAAGCAGAAGUGCAGGAACUGAGAAGCAUUCCUGCCCAUAUGAUAGUACAAUGGAAGGAAGAGUUUAAACGCCGCUCCAGGGUUAAAUGUCCGUGUUCAGGCUGCUGGUUAGAGUUUCCCAGCAUCUAUGGCGUCAAGUACCACUAUCAACGCUGCCAGGGGGCCACUGUAGCUGAGAAGCUGAGUCACGGCUGUCCCUACUGUGAGGCAGUGUUUGCCACAAAGGUCCGCUUGCAGAAGCACAAGCUGUGGAACCACCCAGACAGAGUUAGUAUGGAAGCCAAGGAAGAGCAAGCUAAGCUUCAAAAGACUCCCGUGAAGCCCAACACAAAGAAAAGACCCAUGGAGAACAGUCCCCCCUCUCCGGUGUUCUUCAAAGUGAAAAAGACCCAUGAGGUGUCCAUGCCGUCUCAGAACGGGGAGCUGGCCCACCAGAAGAGUGACAGGAAACAGCACAGCCACAGCCAGCCUUCGCAUCAAAUUCACCAAUCCCAGCCAGUCCAGCCUCAGUCUCAGCAGUCGCAGUCUCAAAGCACCUCAUCCGACGCAGGGGGGAGCGAAAGCGAGGGGGGCAGCCUUCCCCCUUCAUUCCCCGACGAAGACCCGGAGCGAAUGAGGCACAGACGGAAGCAGAAAACGCCCAAGAAAUUCACUGGAGAACAGCCCUCCAUAUCUGGAACGUUUGGAUUGAAAGGUAUGACUAAGGCGGAGGAGAAGAUGAAGGCUGGCCGCGCGAAGAGAGCAGAGGGGAGUGGGUGUAGUGAAGAGCCUCAGAGAAGAACUACUUCAAGCCAGUCAUCAAAGAAAGACUCAGCCACAACAAGCUCUGGGGUUGUUCCUGACACACAGUGGCAGCGAGCGAUCUCAGAGCGAGGCGAAGUGGUGUGUCCCACCUGCUCCAUCGUCACCAGAAAAACAAUCCACGGCCUCAAGAAACACAUGGAGAUUUGCCAGAAGCUCCAGGAUGCCCUGAAGUGCCAGCAGUGCCACAAACAGUUUAGGUCCAAGGCUGGACUGAACUACCACACAAUGGCGGAACACAGCACCAAGCCCUCAGGGAGCGAAGGCCAGACGGGCAACGAGCACGAGGAGAGAGAAAGGCUGCGCAGAGUGCUCAAACAGAUGGGACGAAUCAAGUGUCCUAGUGAGGGGUGUUCAGCCCACUUUUCCAGUCUGAUGGGCUACCAGUAUCACCAGAAGCGUUGUGGAAGACAAAUUUCUGACGAUGAGAAGCCUGUGUUUCUGUGCCAGCACUGUGAAAAAAGCUACCGUUCCAAGGCUGGCAGAGACUACCACGUUCGCACCGAGCACUCCCCGACCAUCACCUCCGCCAUGACAGCCACAACCACCAACAGCAACAAGGACAGUAUCAUUGACACCAACAACAACACUGGCAAUGAGAGGGUGGUCUCUGAGGAGUCUCCAUCGGGAGGCAAGAAGGACUCGAGUCAUCCCGAGAAGAAGGAUUGGCCAGAGAAAGCACCUUCCAGCCAGCCUAAGGAAAAGGACAAAGAAUCUAGAGAGAAGGACCGGGAAAAGGAAAAAGAGAGGGAGCGAGAAAAAGAAAGAGUGGCACAGUUCGGGAGCCAGGGGGAGGACUUUGAAAGGACCCCCAGUGGCAGAGUGAGGCGGCGGUCAGCUCAGGUGGCAGUGUUCCACCUGCAGGAGAUAGCAGAGGAUGAGCUGGCCAAAGACUGGGGCACCAAGCGGCGCAUCAAGGACGACCUGGUGCCUGACAGCAAGAGGUUAAACUACACUCGCCCAGGCCUCCCCAACUUCAGCCCAGAGCUAUUAGAAACCUGGAAGAACCAAGUCAAGGAGAAGGGUUUUAUCUGCUGCACAAAUGAAAACUGUGAAGCUGUCUAUUCCAGUGUGUCAGGACUAAAGGCUCAUCUCGCCAACUGCAGCCAGGGUGGUGGUGAACUGGGGAAGUACACGUGUCUGAUCUGUCAGAAGGAGUUCAGCUCAGAGAGUGGGGUCAAGUACCACAUCAGCAAGACGCACUCACAGAACUGGUUUCGAGCAGCAGCCACUCAAGUGGUCUCCAGUAGCAAGAGUAAAGUGCUGGAGGACAAUGGGAUCAAAGCUGAGGUGAGGAACGGUGCCACCACUGGUAAGAAGAGGGGUCGCAAACCAAAAGAACGCCCCCUUGUGGAUGUGCCUCUCCAAACAAAAACUGAAGCACUUGCCUCUACUCAAAACUCAACCUCCAGCGUGACCCCUUCCUUGAGCCCAGCACAGACCCCAACCAUGAGCUCCGACCUAACAGACAGUGAUAAUUCAGGCCAAAACAAACAGCCCAUUCCCUCCGCCACAAGACGAAGCAAACCCAAGAGGCUGUCGUUGUCAGAGUAGCUCUGCAUUUGUCGACCCAGGAGCCAGAAAGGAUGCUUACUGUAAAUGUUUUGCCGGGAAACUGAAAGACCUUCUUACUUCACAAGGACACAGAGAAGGAGGCCAAAUCAACAAUAACCAGUAAAACAGUUCAAUCUUCAAAUCUUGGUUUGAAAACCCCAGAGUUAAUGUGUGUAUUGUCGCAGACAAUACUCAGAACAGUAGUGUUUUAUUUCUCCAUUCCACCUCCGUCUCCUUUUUAAGUCACACAUUUUAGUUUCUGUACUCACAGCAGGAGGAUGAGAACUAAUCAAAGAUAAAAUCCUGACCUUUACGUGGAUAGCCUUUUUUAAACAGGUAGGUAGUUUCCUAAUCAAUAGAGAAUAAUGUUCUCUUCAAGACUCAUGUUGUGUUUGAGAGGUUUUAAAAAGGAUUAUCUAUUAGCAUGGUGAAGUCAUUUAAUGAUAGCUAGUGUUUUCACAUUUUUUCCACAGAUAUACUGUACCGUGUACAUAAACAAUAUCUAUAUCUAUAUAUAUCUGCAGUAUAUACUCAAAGCAAUGAUGCCAUCUGUCAUUUUCAAGCCUGACACAUCCAGUAGGAUCAUGAGCAGUCAGAAUGUUUGCAGUGUGUGCUAUAGUGCAAUGUGGUUUUGAAUUUAGUUUUUUCAUUUCUUUACAGUUUUACUUUUAUUGUUUUGUUUUUUUUUGUUGUUUUUUUAACUACGUUUCACGUAAGCAAAUGUCAGAUAAGCUAAUAUGUUGGUCAGUUGUUAGUCAUGUUCCACCCUUACCCACAGCUUCAGUGACAUCUGUUUUCAUGUGAUGAUUUAAGAUUCUGUGGUUCUUUUAGACUGAAGUUAAUGAGCAGAAUACCCCCCCAAAAAAGUGACAUUUUCAUUUGUAAGUUAUUCGAUAGUUUCAGUAACAUGUGAUUUAACAUCGUUUAGUUGAUUUUAGACGAGGAACAAAGUUGAAGCCUUCUAAAAUAAGAACAGAAAAGCUAAAUGUUUGACAGAACGAUGAACUUUAUGUGAAGCUUGUUGCACCAUUGCAGCACAAUCAAAAGAUGUGACACCAUAUUAAAGGAGGCCAUAUAUUGGCUACUGCUUUAGCUUGAAUCAAAGCUGGAGAGAGAAUAAAAAAUACUAUCUUUUAUAGAGAGGUUGAAGACAAUAAUCUUUUAUGAAAUAGAAAAAAAAUGCAAAUGAAGAUUCAAAUAUAAAUAUGUAUAUGAAUUAAUUCCUGGACGCUUGCACUUUAACCCUUUACCCUCCUUCCUCACCUCUUGUAUUUCUGACAGGAAUAUUCAACCUAACGUAGUGGCUGUCUUGAACAGGAGUGGGAAUAUUUUACUCUGAUGGAAAACUAGAGGAAAACUAAAUUUGCUUUAAAUGGGUAAUGAGCAACAUGGUUAACUCUUUCUAUAUAUUAACCCAACACAACCUUAAAAGUGUGUCUGACGCCACAAAGCCAUAACUGCUCUAGUUUAAGGCUGCUUUGCCACUGAACGUUAAACUAGCUUUAGACUUAAAUAAAAGAAGAAGAAAUAUUAUAUUACUUUUCAAAUCUACAACAUCACAGAACAUUUUCACAAAGUCGAUACUUGAAUCCACAGUUGCAUUAACAAUUUGAGCAAAUGAAAACUUAAUAUUUGAUUAUAUUUGCAGUUUAUGUCCAUAAAAAUGAUUCCUUGCUUGCUUAAAAAAUGAACGAUCGUAAGUCUAUUUUAUAUUAUAUCGUGUGUACUGGUUACAAAGCAAUCUGAUAGCUUUGGAUAAAAUUGUGACACAAGGAUAUGACGGUGCCGCAACAAGGGUGCUUUUACUCGCCACUCUACUUGACUCGACCUGAUACCAUGCCGUGUUCUCCUUACAGGCUGAAUUUUGCACCAAAAUGUCACUUUUCGUCUUUAAAAUCAAGCACUGAUGUCAGCGGAACGCUUUCGAGAAGCAGUGAAUUUGAAAUUUGUGUGCGUUCUUCCUACGCUGUGACUUUUUGUAGUGUAAAGCAAAUAUUCAAUCUGAAUUCCUCCAUUACCAAUCAACUGAUAGAGGCUUUUCAGGCGGGGAUGGUUAUGCACGUGUCUCUGUUAGUAGCAUGGACCUUUAUCUCUGAUCCAGGUUCAGUUGAUGGAGAGGAUAAGUCAGACGAGCACUGAUUGGUCCUUGGACCUUUACUAUAUGAGUUGUCCGGACCGUGUGUGUGUGUGCGUGUCUGUGUCUGUGUGCGCGUGUGUGCAAGUGUGUGUUUGUCUUAAACAGUUAGCACCUUUGUAAUGACUGGAUGUCAGAAAUGGUAACACCUUUGUUGAGUGUUACGCCGUGGCACAGAAUCAGUUCAUCAGCUGCUUGUUACUCAUUUCAUUAAUAACGUCACAUUGACUGUGUUUACCUGACAAGCUUUGGUGUUGCAAUAUGAUAGUUUAGCACUGCUUUUAACAGUGAGUAUUUUAUAUUUUAUCACACCCUUUACUAUCUGUCUUCCUACGAUGUGGAAACACAUAUCUAUCCCGCAGUGUGAGCUAACUGCAACAUGUUUAGAGAGUACAGCAAUACACCAUAUUUAGCGGAUUUUGUUGGCUUGCUAAUAUUUUGAUAUUGAUGUGUCUUCUCAAAAAAUUGUAUGGCUUUUUUUUUUUCACUCCCCUAAUUUUAUUUGUUUGCUUUGAAAAUGCUUUUUACAUAUUAUGAAAUCUAAAAAAAAAAUGAUAAUAAUAAUUGAAAAAAUUUUUAGAACACAAAGAACAUUGUAGGCCUGUGUGUUGGCAUACACUGUUAUUUUAUCCAUUUUUGAUGAUGCACAUAAAUUGAGCUUUUUCAGUACAUGAUGGCAAACACAUCGAGAGAGUCCUUUAUUAUUAUCUAUUCAAUAUGGGACGACAAGGCAUAUGUAUGUGUGUUUGUUUCUGUAUUUAGUGCACUUACUAUACCAUGAAAUAGGCUUGAAAUAGGAGUGUUGUUGGAGCUUUCUAGUUACCUGGAUUGUGUGUGGUGUGACUUUUGUACCUGGGGAAACAGCAGGCUCAAGUGUCUUCCCUUUGUCAGCAAUGUUAUUUCAAAAACUAAGGUUAAUCCUUAGAAAUUCCCUUAGACAGCCUAAGAAUUUAACCCUUUUAUUUGGACAACAGUGGUUUGUUUUGUAUGCUACCCACUUCAAAAGCAGGAAAUGGCAUCCGGCCCAUUGCUCACUCCGGGCCAUUGCGAUGAAACUUUGGAGAGUUUUAUGAGAUGAUGUUGUAGCUUAUAACUGUUUAUGAUAUAUAGGUAACAGAUCAAAUGAGACUAAUUAUGUAUUAAAGAUUUCCAUAUCAGAAAUAAAGCUGUAUAGUACCUAACAUUGGAGGGAUCAACACCUCCUUUGAGUCUGAACUGUUACAAUUUUUCUCCCAAACUUGUUGUACCUGUGCAUUAGUAUCCCUCAACUAAUUAAUAAAAGUUUGUUGACUAAA